UGCACUUAGUGAGUAUUAGACAUAACCAGCUGUACGAGAAUGGUCUAGCGGUGCUAGCACGAAAAUGGCCGGUGAUGCGACGGAGCUUUACGAGCUAACCUACUCGGAUCUCUUACUAUUCACUGCCAACGAGGUCGUUGAAUCGGCCGAUGAAUCUCAACGAAUGGAAUAUGUAGGCCGAAUGGUGAUGGAAACCCUAGGUCCAAACGGGCCGGGCCUGCUUGCCGUCACCGGAGUCCCCGGAGCUGCAACUUUCCGUCGAAAUUUACUUCCUUUGUCCCGCAAGCUCGCACUUCUCAACAAUGAAGAUCGUAAAAAGCUUCUCAAGGAACAUGAUUUGGGAAGUGAUGUUCCAUUAAAAAAUUUAGAGAGGGUUGUGUCAUCAUUUGCGAAGAAUCUGGAGUAUGACAAAAGGUUUGAGAGUAGUUCUUCCUGCGAAAGAAAUCAGCUUGGAGUAGUUAGAGGAGAUGAAUCUUUUGAGGCUGAUUGUGUGUUUUUCAAGAAUUUAGGAGAUCUCUUCAAUGGCCUAGGGUACUGCAUGAUGGAAGUAGGGCUUCGUCUUGCACAAAUCUGUGAUAAACUCAUUGGAGGACACGAGCUCCAGCAGAGCUUAUUGGAAUCGGGCACAGCGAAGGGACGGCUUAUCCAUUAUCAUUCAACAAUUGACACUGAAAUCAUUAAAGAAGCUGCUAACAGAAGAGUGAAGAAGGGAUCUAAAACUAAGAAUCAAAUAAAAAGGAACGAGAAAACAGAUUAUAAACAGUUUCGAAGUGAGACUUGUGAUGAGGAGCUGAGUGACUCUACCCCUUGGCAGCAGUGGCAUCAUGACUACGGUGUAUUCACUAUAUUGACCGUGCCAAUGUUUUUGUUGUCAUCUAACUGUAAAGGGGUAACUGAAGAAAGUGAGGAUUCGUGUGUGCCUUGUGAUCAAGAAACCCCUUCCCCGAGUGGACACACGUAUUUGCAAAUUUUUCAUCCCAAUAAAGAUCAGACAUUCAUGGUGAAGGCACCUCCUGAGAGUUUGAUUGUGCAGGUUGGGGAAGCGGCUGAUUUACUGUCCAUGGGGAAGCUCCGAGCAACACUUCACCGCGUAUGCAGACCUUUGAAACCUAAUAACUUGAGCAGGGAAACAUUUGUAGUUUUCUUGCAGCCUGCAUGGAACAAAACAUUCUCUCUAUCGCAUUAUCCUCUUGAGCACUUACACUUAAAUGAUCAAAGGAGCAGGCUUUGUACCAAGGACUUGCCCAAAGGGGAGAAGGAAUCGGAUAAACUAAGUCAAAUGAUCCGUAGUAUCGUUCCAUCACUUUCAUCUAGGCUACGAGAUGGGAUGACAUUUGCCGAUUUCUCUCGGGCAACUACUAAUCAAUACUAUGGCAGUAAUGGCUUGCAAUCAAAUGGACAGCUUAAUGGUAUUGCUUCUUAAUAUAAUCAAUUUUAUCCCCUAUGGUGCAUUAAUAUGAGCCAAUAAUUCAAGAUCGAAAGCACAUGUUGGGUCAUCUGUCUGCAACAGAUAGUGCCUAUUGCUUACUAAGAGUACAUACUUCUUGAUGAGGUGAUGACUAAAGGGAAAGGAUUUGU